AUGGCACCUCUACCCACCUACCGGGUCGCUGCACCAGACGAGUACCUUGCCUUGACUGGCAUGGGAAUCGACUUGGUCAAGAUCUCGAAAUCAGCAUGGGUCUAUCCAUUCCAACGAUGUACCAGGUUCAGCGUCCAACCCCACGACUAUGCAAUGAAUUUGCAAGCCAUGACGAAGGAGAAACUCCAGUUUCUCCUGCCAGUCGUGUUCACUGUUGGACCUGAUGUCAAUGCACGAGGCGCAAAUGCCAAAACCGGGGUUUCUCAAGGUCAAAAUCACCAGCAGGAGGACCGAGGUGACUCCCUCAUGAAAUACGCCAUGUUGCUUACAGACACAAACGCAAAGGCCAACACGAACACGUUCUUGGAGAACAUCGUCAAGGGUAUUAUCGAAGGAGAAACCCGAGUCCUGGUCUCAAGCAUGACUAUGGAAGAAAUCUUCACUGAGCGUGAAGAGUUCAAGCGUCGCAUCUUCCGCAACAUUCAGAGCGAGCUGGAUCAGUUCGGCCUGAAAAUCUACAACGCCAACGUGAAGGAGCUGCGCGAUGCGCCCAACUCGAACUACUUUGAGUCGCUGGCCCGCAAGGCGCACGAGGGCGCGAUCAACCAGGCACGUAUCGACGUCGCCGAUGCCCAGCAGAAGGGAUCAGUCGGCGAGGCCGAUCGCAGGGGCAGGCAGGAGCGAGAGCUCGCCAAGAUCAACGCCGAGACGGCCGUUCAGAAGACAGAACGUGACGGCGAGAGGGCCUCUGCCGAGGCCAGCCUUGACACGCGCAAGACCACGCUCAAGCGUGACUUGGAUAUCGCCAAGAUCACGGCCACCAGGGCGACCGAGUCCCGGGAUGCCGAGCUGAAGAAAGAGGUCGAGAUCAAGCGCGCCGCGGCCGAGAUGGAGCGGCUGCGUGCCAUCGACGUCGUCAAGGCAUCCAUCGCUCGCGAGGCCAAGCAGCAGGCCGCUGACGCCCGCGCCUAUGAGGUCCAAGUCGACGCCACAGCCCAGCUGAGCAAGACGAACCAGGCUACCGAUGCCGAUGCCUACAAGACGCGUAUCGGGGCUGACGCCGCGAACUACGCCGCCCUCAAGGACGCCGAGGCGAAGCUUCAGGUGCAGAUGAAGGAGGCUGAGGGUUUGACCGCCAUGGCUUCCGCCUACGGCCAGAUGGCGCAAGCCUUUGGUGGUCCCGCCGGCUUGCUCCAAUACAUGAUGAUUGAGAAGGGAACAUACGUGGAGCUGGCCAACGCGAACGCCCACGCCGUCCAGGGCAUGCAGCCCAAGAUCAGUGUGUGGAACACUGGUUCCCAGGCCGGUGGUGAAACUGGUUCCUCGAGCAGCAUCGACACCAUGCGUAACGUCUACCAGAUGCUGCCCCCUCUCAUGCAGACGAUCAACGAUCAGACCGGCAUCACCCUGCCUGAGUGGCAGUUUGGCCGCCUGAACAAUCAGGCAGCGGAGCUUGAGAAGAACAAGGAGAUUGCGAAGACCAACGGAGAUAACUGA